UUUCUCCACAGGGAACCUGUGACCUUUGCUUUUGUUGAUGUACAGCCCCCAGAAAACCCCUGAUAGCCUUCAUAUUUUGGUAGAUGCUGGGAGUUGUACUUCAGCAACAACAUAAGUGCUACCAUGCUGCUCUACUGUCUCCAUCUUGCCUUGCAAUAGCCUUACUAUCCUACAUAGCCCCCACCCCCCACUGCCAAUGUCCUACCAACUAAGAAAAGAUGUUUACCAAAAUAGAUCACAACCCACUAUGUCCUAACCAAUCCCAGCCAUGGCCGAAUAUACCUCCAGUCUGCCCUAAGUCCACACAUUCUAGGCCUUGCCCCCCCGGAGGCUUUACUAUGUGUAGAGCCAGGGCAGAUGCCCUACUAACCAACUAUUUCCAGGCUGCAAUGACGUUAUUGUACAAAAAAUUAAAUAUUUCCUUUUAUAGCCUCUAAUAACAAGGUAUAUUUGCCGUUGGCACAGUCACACUGGGGCACAGCUCUGUGUGGCACUGGCUUGCACAAUGCCCGCGUGGCAGAGACUUUGCUCCUCUGAUGACUUCACGACCCGAUCAUUGGUACAAAGGUCUCCCAGCAGCCCAGCCAGACUAUUUAACUCUCAUAUUAGCUCCCAGUAGGAUAUAACCAGGUUUCUAUUGACUGUGACGGCAGCUGCUUAGAAGUGCCAUGGCAUCAGAAACUGAACAAAUCAUUCUGACCAGGAUGGAGUAUGCCAUGAAGUCUCUGAGCCUCCUCUCUCCCAAGUCUCUCACAAAGUGUGUGUCUGUGAGCGCUUCCAUGACCCAACAGCUUCUCUCCCGCCCUGUAUCCAAGCCCAGACCCUUCCGGGUGUGCAACAGCAAUCGCAGUCUCCGGAAAGGCAUUGUGGCUAACAGUCUGGAGGACCUAAUCAACAAGACUCAGGAUGCCCUGCUGAUGCUCGAGGCGAUUACUUUGGUCCUGGAUGAAGACGGGACAUGUGUGGACACAGAGGAAUUUUUCCGAUCUUUGGAUGAUGGUGCUGUUUUCAUGGCCCUUGCUAAAGGGCAGAAAUGGAAACCUACAGAGAAUUCUGGAUACCACUUAUCUCUCACCAAGAAGCCUGCGAGAAAGAUUGAUGUUGCCUGUGUCAGUUUUGACCUGUAUAAAAAUCACCCUCGCGAUUUCAUUGGUUGCCUGAAUGUCAAAGCCACUUUAUAUGGGACCUAUUCAUUGUCAUAUGACCUGCAGUGCUAUGGAGCCAAGAGAAUGGUGAAGGAAGCGCUACGCUGGACUUUAUACACCAUGCAGGCCACAGGACACGUGCUUCUGGGAACAUCGUGCUAUAUGAAGCAGCUUCUCGAUGCUACAGAAAGACCAGUUACAGAGGAGGAGAAAUCCAGCACAACCUUGAGAGACUUUAUCCCUUUCUCCCCCUGGAAGAUGCUGCAGUAGAUUUACCUGUGUUGCACUACAAGAAGCUAUGGCCUAUUCCAAGUGAUGGCUUACAUGACUCUGCAUAAACUGUGCCUAAAGGAAUAUACCAUGGGGCUCUUUAACUUAAAUUGCAUAAGGCUGCUGGCCAUAUUUCUCUGGCCUUUGUUUGCUCUGCAAUCUAUUAUAGUAAGGAAAGUAGGUCCCAAAAUAGCUUCUCGGCACGCUCCAGAUUUCCUGAGGGUUAACCCUAUCACCCCAAGCAACUUGUACAAAGUCAUAUCUUGAUGUGGGGGAAACCCCCAUCCUUUUAUUUCUUUUCCAUUACACAAUAAUUCACUCUAUCAUCCCACUAUUCCACAAAAAAAUAUAUUUUAUUAGCUUUUGGGGCCAUUUCCACUAUUUUACUAUGUUGCUCAUAGUAACGUUAAGCUAUUAUUACUAAGCAGGAGUUGGCGAGAGUUUAAUUUACACUUACUGCCCUCCACCCCUUUUCUAAGAAGGGGCACGGGGCUCUUAUCACUUGUCUUUUAGGGUCCCUCACAAUUACAUUCUAAAACCUAUCAAGAGUCACGUACUUUAAAUAGGCUGAAACCUCCUCUAGGAAACAUCAGCUAAGUGAGGCAGGGAAAGUGUUAAUAAAAAGUAGUCAGAUUACAAUAAAAAGAAUAAUAUUAAGGGGCAUAUUUAUGAUAGCAUAUAUGCCAAUAUCACUGGUGAUGUUGCCCAUAACAGAUCUUUGGUUUUGUUUUCCAACUUGUAGGUGACCAUUACAUUCCAAUUGCUGAUUGGUUGCCUUACACACUGUAAUAUAUAUGCCCCUUAAAUGUAUUCGCUCCAGCGGAAGCCUUUGCAAUGCAACUAACACUGACUGUUACAUGUUCCAUACACUGUGCUUUAUGGACUUUAGAAUGAGUAUUUAUAUUUUAAUAUUGUUAUAAACCUACCUGUACCAUAUGAAUGAUAUAAUUAAAACACUUUUCCCCUCCCGGU